AUGGACAGAACGCAGAGCGGAACUUUCAAAGAUGGUGACCUUCGAGUGAACAAAGAUGGAAUCCAGACCGUGUCUCAGUCCCAACCCGGAGCUCCACCUCCUAUCAAGCCAUUGGACAACCAAUUGAGUUUGGAAGAUCUGGAAAUGAUCAAAGUCAUUGGCAAAGGAAACAGUGGUAAUGUCCAGUUGGUGAAACACAAACUCACUCAACAGUUUUUCGCUCUUAAGGUCAUUCAAUUGAACACAGAUGAAUCAACAUGUCGAGCGAUUUCUCAGGAGCUGAGAAUAAACUUGUUCUCACAAUGCCCAUAUCUCGUCUCAUGUUAUCAGUCUUUCUACCAUAACGGCCUUGUUUCAAUCAUCUUGGAGUUCAUGGAUGGUGGAUCCCUUGCGGACUUGUUAAAGAAAGUCGAGAGAGUUCCUGAGAACAUGCUUUCUGCCAUCUGCAAGCGAGUGCUCCGAGGCUUGUGCUAUAUUCACCAUGAGAGGCGAAUCAUUCACCGGGACUUAAAGCCUUCGAACUUGCUAAUAAAUCAUAGAGGUGAAGUCAAGAUCACAGACUUUGGUGUUAGCAAAAUCUUGACGAGCACGAGCAGUCUAGCUAAUUCCUUUGUGGGUACAUACAACUAUAUGUCUCCAGAGAGAAUCAGCGGAAAAUUGUAUGGGAACAAGAGCGAUAUUUGGAGCUUGGGAUUGGUUCUGCUCGAAUGUGCAACUGGUAAAUUCCCGUAUACUCCAGAACAUACGAAGGGAUGGAGUAGCGUGUACGAGCUUGUGGACGCCGUUGUUGAAAACCCGCCUCCUCGUGCACCUUCUCAUAUGUUUUCUCCAGAGUUUUGCUCCUUCAUCUCGCAAUGUGUACAAAAAGAUCCAAGAGACAGAAAAUCAGCAAGGGAACUUAUGGAACACAAGUUCGUGAACAUGUUUGAAGAUUUUGAUGCGAAUCUCUCGUCUUAUUUCACUGCCGCAGGAUCUUUGAUUCCCCCACUAGCUAACUAG